CAGCGUUCCGCGUGAGGCUCUGCGGGCAAGUCGAGAGAUUCAGUGGCUGCGGCGAUGGGGGCGGUGGGCGUAGGGCUGGUGGACUGUCACUGCCACCUCUCCGCCCCGGACUUUGACCACGAUCUGGAUGAUGUGUUGGAGAAAGCCAAGAAAGCCAAUGUUGUGGCUCUUGUGGUGGUUGCUGAACAUUCAGAAGAAUUUGAAAAGAUUAUGCAGCUUUCAGAAAGGUAUAAUGGAUUUGUCCUGCCAUGCUUGGGUGUUCACCCAGUUCAGGGAGUUUCACCAAAAGACCAAAGAAGUGUCACGUUAAAGGAUUUGGAUGUAGCUUUGCCCAUUAUCGAGAAUUAUAAGGAUCGAUUGUUGGCAAUUGGAGAGGUUGGACUAGAUUUCUCCCCCAGAAUUGCUGGCACUGAUGAACAGAAGGAAGAGCAAAGACAAGUCCUAAUCAGACAGGUCCAAUUAGCCAAAAGACUAAAUUUGCCUUUAAAUGUUCACUCACGUUCAGCUGGAAGACCCACCAUCAGCCUGUUAAAUGAGCAAGGUGCUGACAAAGUGUUGCUGCAUGCAUUUGAUGGUCGGCCUUCUGUAGCCAUGGAAGGAGUAAAAGCUGGGUACUUCUUCUCAAUUCCUCCCUCUAUCAUAAGAAGUGGACAGAAGCAGAAACUUGUGAAACAGUUGCCUUUAACUUCGAUUUGCUUGGAAACAGAUUCACCUGCACUAGGACCAGAAAAAAAAGUACGGAAUGAGCCCCAAAACAUUUCCAUUUCAGCAGAAUAUAUUGCCCAGGUGAAAGGGAUCUCAGUGGAGGAAGUUAUAGAAGUGACAACACAGAACGCAUUGAAACUAUUUCCCAAGCUUCAGUACCUGCUCCCGAAAUAGCUUCAUAACAAAAUCAACUGCAGAGGGCACUGUUUGAGAAAAAUAAAUGUUCUGAUGAAGAGUCUGAACUGAAGAAGCCAUUGUAUCGGGAUUAUAAUUUUAGAGAAAUAUUUUUCUUAGAAGUAAAACUGGGCUUAGAUCCUAAAA